GCAUGAGCUGCAGCAUGACCGCUCAGCAUUAAAUCUAUGUGUGUGUGUGUGUGUGUGUGUGUGUGUGUGUGUGUGUGUGUGUGUGUGUGUGUGUGUGUGUGUGUGUGUGUGUGUGUGUUUGAGUAGGGGCGUGGAAAAAAGGAAGCAAGGACAGCAGUGUAUGUAACAUGUUAACUCACCCAUCUUCCCCUCUGUCACGACUUUCUCAGCAUACAUCUGUACUCAGGAGGAGGAAAAUGGCAAACAAGAUGAUAUGUCCUUCCGUCCUAGUGUCCUUCUCGCCUCCCCUCCUCACGGCAGGUGGUCUUGACCCUUGGCAACCACGUUUGCCUGGAAAUAUAACACUUAUGCUCUUCAGUGACAAACUCCAUAUAUUAGAGAACAUCUCAACAUUUUUCCCGAGAAAUGAAUCAGCAGAAGUAGCCAGGAGUACAACUAUUUUUAACAUUUGUGAACAAGCCCUUUAUAGUACACUAAAUUCAGCACUUUAACAUGUACACUGCAGACUAUUGGGAAAAGUUGACAGUAGUUGAAGCAUUCACUGUCCAGCUGUCAAGAAGUCAUAUGAGACCACAGGGAGCACACAAACAACGUUCACUUCAGGCUUCUCAUCAGUAAUACCACAGGGUUUUAUCUGACAAUGCAUCCUCUUAUAAUGCAGCUAAAAUGCACAACUUUUCAAAAAGGCUGUAAAAUCCAUUCACUUCUAUGAUACAUAGGGCUCUAUGUCUAACUGGGACGGCGAAGGUCUUUGGACAGACAUGGUAAAACAGGUCAACAGACCAAAGUGCAUACUAAGCUUUGGCACAAUAAAUUGUAAUUUUGAAGUGAAAAAAAAAACUAAAAAGAACUAAAUAAACCAUAAUGACUUUAAUAGUCUACUUAUCCAAGCCAAAGGAAGGUUGUGACAAACCUAUUUACUAACACAAUAUUUAUGCUUUUGGCAAGAAGUUUUCAGAGUAAGGGGAAACUAUGGGGCUUAAGUAAUCCUGAAGUGGUCUUCUAUGCGAAAGAGACUCACCUGUCUUUCCUUGCAGCAGGUGGAUCCUGGACUUUUUUUCUCUCGUUAUAAAUACUGUCUUUUUUUUAAGUCCUUCAAUUCAAACUGAGAAAACCUUUGAAGCCUGUACAGGCGACGAUGCUGUUAUAACGCCACCACUGUUAAUUUCCAGUUUUCGGUUAAUCCUUUUUCUGCUCUCUUCACAGGUUACUGACCCCGCAGGGAAAAAAAAGAGGAAAAAACGUGAGGAAAAAAGUUUUUUACCGACCCUUAACAUCAACCGAAACCCCCGGAGCCGACAUUUGAUGAAGCAGGGAGAAACAUUUGGCAGUUUGACUGAUUUUCAGACAAAGUUAUCGAGAGUUGAAGCGGAGUUUGUGUCGCUCUGUGUGGUCGUCCGGCGAGCGGUCAGCUAAGCACACGAGAGGGACACCAGUGACGUCAUGUUCCGUCUCUGAGUGGACAAACGGCGCACGAGAGCCCUCACGGAGCCUGCAGACUUGCAGCAGGUGAAACACUGUCCCAUUAAGCCUCUAAUACAAUAAAUACAAGCAAGAUGAUGAUGAUCAAUUAAAAGAAACUGAUUUAAAGAUUUGAGAGUUAUGUUUGGUUGGUUUUGUUUCAGUAGGGGAGAGUGGGGUAAGAUGAGCCAUUUCUCAUAUUUCAGAUCACUACAUCAAGGCAAUUAUAGUUUUGUCUCUAAAUAGUGUAUCUGCACAAAAUUCAAGAUGAAGAUUCAAAACUGUCUAGAUAAUAUAGCAUACUAGGAAAAGUGGUCUCCUAUGGUCAACUUACCCCAUACACGGGGUAAGUUGACACUAGGAACAAACCACCGACUGCCUUAAAAAAAUUAAAAUUAACUCUACUACCCUCCAACUCUCCAGCCCAGCCCUUCCUCACCUUCUCUCUCCCUAAAUAACAGUCACUUCUUCACAUUCAUGUGUAUUUUUUAUCUAUUUUUAUCUAUUAUACGCUGUUCAACUGGUACAAUGAUUCAUUUUAUUAUUAUUAUUGCAUAUAACUGCUAAAAAGCUGUUUUGUAAAAAAUCUUUUUAACACAAGAAUGUCUUUAAGUGAUUCAGAACAUUCACAGUUGUAUUUUUAAAAAGAAAAAGUAAAACAUUUCAACAAUCUGAACUGAAACUCUGAUCCUCUCAUCAGACUUCUUUACUUUCUCAGUUGAGCUACUGGUUCAACUUACCCCAGAAUUACGAUUAUGACUUUAUUAGUCCUCUAAGCUAAAAUGGUAUUCUAGGUUUUUGACCUCAUAGAUACCACAAUUGAUGUAUAAAACAAAUCUAAAAUGAUCUUUUUUUGGUUUGAACACAAUUCUAACAAAACUUAUGACAGACUAAAUUCAAUUUUAAGAGUAAAAAAUGGGUUUUUAUUGGAAAUAAAUGUCUAACCACUUCACCCAUGUGCUUCUAACCUUCACAGACUCCAUGAAUUGAUGCCCAUCUCCAAAAUAUUUGGUCACAUGAUCAAUUUCUUUUACCAUUUCCAAGCAACAGGGGGCUCAACUUACCCUUUGGCUCAACUCGCCCUACUCUCCCCUAUUUGUUGUUCUUUAUUUGUUGACCAAGUUGUUUUUGUUGACAUGAAACCACACUCAUCACUCUACUUCCUUGUAGUCAGAGGAAACAAAGGGGAAGUUGGACAAGCCGACCUCUAAGCUUCUGUUCCUUAUGAGAAAAAGCGUUCAUGUGACUGACUCAUAUAGCUAGAAACCUAAAGACAACCGGAGAGGAGGACAGAAGAAUAAGACCACGGAGUCCCAGAGAGGACUGAGAGGACAGGUGAAGAAGAGGAGGUGACAGAGGAAGGGAGGUCAAGAGAUCAGGACAGAUCGAAUCAAAGCCCUAGCAGUAGGGGAAGAUGGGUGGAGGAGCAGGACAAAGCUGCUGGCUGCUGAUCACACUGUGGCUGAAAGGUAAGUGGGCACCAGCAUUAUAUCUGAUGUUUUCGACAUAUAGCUGAGUGAUGGUCCAAAAAUGUUUUAUCUGUUUGUAAAACUAACUCUGAUACAACAGAAAGAAUAAAAAGUGCUGAGAUAAGCUCUUUGAUGAGACCAGUUAUGUGUGGUAAUUUUUGCAGACUCACAAAAGCAGCUGCCAGAAAAUGUUUUCAAGCCUUUUAGCAACAACUGUCUACUCCCAGGCUUUCUUUUAAAAAAAAAUUCCAUAUAUUGUUUUGAUGACUGACACCUUUUGAUAUUUCUUCUUGUGGCUUUUUUUAUUUUCUUUGUCUGAGGUCUCCACUAUUUACCAGCUAAAACAUUCUGUGAGUUUAGACAGCCAGCAUUUCCUCUUAAGGCCUUUUUUCUAUUUUAAUUCCUGACAUUUUUUAGAGUUAUUCAUGCAGGGAUGAGGCACAAGGACUAGAGAAAAAAACAAAGAAGACACUGUUUCAAAUGUUACCUCUUACUUUGCUUUCAUUUUUUGCCUGUGAUUAAUGCUACGUAGAGUCAACAUUGAGUUCUUGAACCAAUCCAGUUCCUCUAAUCCAAUUAGAGUAACUUUAUUUAAAAAGUGCUUAUUUUCAUCAUUUUUUUCACAAAUGAAUCACUUUAUGAAUUAUGAACACUUUUUUUUGCUUUUGAGUUUACUUUGGGCAUUUUUCAAACAUACUUUGAAUAAAUUCAUUGGUUUUAUUUUUAGUCACUUGCAUCUUUAUAACACAUAUUCUGGUGUCCAGGUGUUCUUGCGGGUGAUUGGUCGGUCCAUCUCCCCUCCGGUCCUAUCUGCGCUGUAAUUGGCUCCUCUGUGGCUCUCCCUUGUUCCUAUGACUACCCCCAAAGUUCCAAUGAAACCAAGCUCUCUGCUCAGGUAAUUCAACAAAGGAGGCUUUGUUGGUUGUGGCAGGAAAUCCUGUGCUGUAUCUAAAACCAUGUGCCCUCUCUGCCUGGGGUAAGAGAAAAAUUAGUCAGAAUGAAUAAAGUGUAACGCUGUUUGGUUAAAGGAAAGUAUCAAAACAAUCCUACGCCUGCAGUUACUUCUUUUUUUUGUGGUGAACUAAACCUCUAGAGUCUGCCUACUUAUAGAAAUUUUUCUCAUCUCAAAGUCAGAAUCAUGUCUGAUUGUAGCAACUUUAUUAUUCUGCUCCAGGGUGGAGAAGUUCUGUCUGAGAUGUGGUGUCGUGAGAACAGCCGCUGCAUCACACCAAGGUAUUGUUCAAGACACAAACUGAGCACCCAGAAAACAAUCUGGUCAAACUGAAUAUCUAAACCUCUGUCUGUCUGUCUGUCUGUCUGUCUGUCUGUCUGUCUGUCUGUCUGUCUGUCUCAGGUAUGUCUUCCACAGCGAUGGCAUCUUCCCUGAUCCGUCCUACCAGAACAGGGUGGAAUACCUCGGACGUCCCGGAACGAGGAACUGCUCUCUGAGGAUUUCUGAUCUGAGGCAGUCAGACAGUGGGGCGUACGUGUUUUACGUGGUCACAAGUCACCUGACUCAGAAGAUGCCAGAGCAGAGAGGAAUACAGCUGUUGGUUGCAGGUGGGAAUACUGUUUCAUGGAUAACUGACGACUCAUCAUGAACAAGCUCCUCUCUGAGCAAAGGGUGUUCAUCACAAUAAUUAACUCAGACUUUAGAGAGGUGCAAGAACUCGUAACACACAAACAUAAGUCUUGAUGGACUUAAUGAUGUUUAUUUAUAUCCACCAAGUGGUGUCUAAGCAAAUUUAGAGCCUUGAAAAAAAAUAAGAAGCUUUUUUUUUAACCCUAACUUGAUUUAAACACGUUAUUUUUCAUGGAACUUACUAUAUGCUUCAUAACCACAUUAGAUGAUCCAUAACAGGUCUUUACAUGUCUUCCCUCUGUGUUUUGGCUGAUUCAAGUAAAGAUAACCUACAACCUACAACAAUGCUUGUACUUAAGUAACUUGCAUCAGCAUAAAUUUUGGAUAGUUAGUGUCUGAGUAUGAGCCCAGCAGCACAGUGUGUCAGACAUGUCCUGUGGUUCACACUCCAGCACUUUUUAGAGAAGUGGAAGUGAAACUAACCACCGACUGCCUUAAAAAAACUGUGUACACAUCAUCUGAGACAGUGUAUAAAAUAGAUGUCUUCUAGUAAAUCCGGCAUUGAUUUUGAUAGAAAAAUUACUGUCAAAUGUUUAAAGACAAAAUUCAAACUUGUCUUUGUUGAACAAGUAUUAAAUGUGGAUUUGUAGAUCAACUUAAAGUUGUGUCAAAAGUUGUGUAUUGUGGGGAAGUAGUGUUGUAUCAUUUUACCACUAAAACCUCCCAUGUAGCUACAGUAUUAAGGAACGUCUGGGUGAAGUCAGACCUACGUUGUUUCCCGCAUUUGUCUGUUGACAUGUGGCAUCAUCCUAAAUCUGAUGGGCUUUUGUGUGAGUCAUGUCAAACGCUUGCAUCCUUGAUUAACUAAACAACUAAAGCCAAUACAGUGGCUACACCCAGUGUCCUACAUUUCUUUAUAUUCUUGAAAUCAUGAUGCUCUAAAGUGCAACUGUCUUUUUCGAAGACUUUAAACCACACAAAAAUGUGGUUUUAUAGGUUGACAUCAUUAUCUAAUGAUCCGAUAAUCUUAAAUCUGAUUGUUCCCAUCCCAAUAAACACACCAAGAAUAAUAACACCUCAUGAGCCAUAAAAGUUGUGCUGUUUUGAGGAUACUCUCAGAAGUUAGUCCGCUUUUAUCCAGAGAAAAUCUUUAGGCUGUCAUUCAUGCUUUUAUCUCCUCCUAUUUGGACUACUGCAACUCUUAGUACAUGUACAGAGUUUGUACAAGUUACAGCUCGUCCAAAAUGCAGCAGUCUGGCUUAUUACCAGAACUUAAAAGAGAAAACACUCUUGUUUCAGCUUCACUUCAUUAGCUCCUAAUCAGUUUUAGAAUUAAUUUUGAGAUUUUAUCAUUAUUAUUGUUAUUGUUAUUAUCAUUAUCAUUAUUAUUGUUGUGGUUCCUGUUUGCUGAAAACCCUGGAACUUCUGGAAGACCACUAUAAGAAAGAAGUCAAUGCGAGUACACAGCAUACGCUUACAGUACUAAACAGAGGUUGGCUUAACCAUCCUCUAUCCCAAUCCUUGUUUUCUGCAGACUCCUCCAGUGCAGUCGCAGUGUCAGCAAGUCCAUCCAGUGACAUCACAGAGGGCGGAGCAAUACGUCUGGUGUGCUGCAGUCCUGCCGUCACGUCACAGACCAGUUUCAGGUGGUUCAAGAGUUCAAGCAGCACCCCGACACACAAGGGACAGGUGUGGGACAUCAGUGACAUUGCAUCUGACCACUCAGGGAGCUACUACUGUCAGAUACAGACCAGAGAGGGAGCGAAGAACUCAACAAUGCUGCAUAUUGAUGUCAAGUGUGAGUGGAGUUUUGUCAAGGUCAAAAUCAUCCGUCAACAUCCUGUCCAGUUAAACGUUUCCCCACAGAUUUCCAGCCUGAAUACAGUCAAAAACACACUGACUAUUUCAUUUCUAUACAGGUUUUUUGUAGAAAAACACAAUGUGAAAAUGUUUCUCGAGCAAGUAUUCUUACGGGAUUUACAUGAUUAUAGCUGGGAUAGAAUUUCUCUCUUUAAUCAUGUUGAGUUGUCCUGCAGUAAUUACCAUAAAUCCUUUACUGACAUAGUGAACAAACAUUGUAAAUCCAGAGUUAAAGUUAAAUUAUUUGAAUUAUUACAUGAGCAAAACUCAGCUUAGGCCAAGGUAUACAAGUCAGGACAUGAGUCUGACUGACUUGAAUUGAGACAUUAAGAAACAAGUUUACUUUUCUGCUUUGCAAGAGAAAACCUGAAUUGUAUCUAUCGUUAAUAUCAGGAAAUCUAAAAAAUCUAAAGAAAUUAUAGUAUACAACCAAGUCAACAUCUAAUACAUGCAUAUCUGUCAGUCUUCCAACAAGUAUGCUCACAACUUCACAAGAUAACUAGUAUGUACUGAACUCUUUCUACUGUCUCUGUAAAUCUCAGAAACUCCCUCUGAUGUCUCCAUUCAUUGAAAAUUCCUGUUGCUAAACUUAAACACCUUCGACUCCAUCAGCGGUUUUGUGACCUUAAAAAGGCGAAAUCUUUGAAAACCUGCUGGACCACAAAACUUAGAGCAUCUCUUUUCAAAGUUCAUUUCAGACUUUUAACAUUGAGCGACUCUUUCAUGCUUUAACUUAACCCUGGUUGGUACAAUCCCAGUAGACUGGAAAACUGCCUCCCCCCAAAGCCCUUGAUAUUAAGCAGCGUUGCCUGUCUUGACUUUUCCAAGGCUCUUUGAUCCUGUUUACCACAGCAUCUUAUUUGAACAUCUUAGUGACACUGAGUUUCCUGAGCACAGGGUUGGGUGGUUUGCCAGCUGUCUCCAGGGUGUACCACACGGCUCAGUUCUUGGCCUGCUACUUUCCACUGUUUGCAUACAUUACCUUGGACAGAAUGUUCCAAAUGCUUCAUUUCACUUCUACGCUGAUGACACUGUCACUUAUUGCUGUGCCCAUCAUCAAAGUCAUCAGCAUGCAUUUGAUUCAGUGCCAGAUCAGCUUCGUUAACUGUUACCUGUUUUACAUGCAGACAAUAUUAAACCCAUGUCUCAAACUCAGUCUCAUCAGGGGUAAUUAUAACCAAACACAGGUGUGGAAUUGAGUUGGUAUAUAUUUUUAAAGCCUGUCUUUUAUGAGGCAUAUUCCAUAUAUCAUGAAAAGCUUAAAUUGUUAAAAUUUUGUUUGACAUGUAUAUCAAUGCUUAAACUGAUCGUAAUACAACACGAAUGUGACUGACCUUUGACCUCUGUCUCUUCUAGACCCUCCUCGAAACACAGCUGUCUCAGUCUCUCCUGCUGAAGAUGUACAGGGUGAAUUUCCCAUGACUUUGACCUGCAGCAGCGACGCCAACCCACCUGUCCACACCUACACCUGGUACACGGGUGCAGCAUGUUUCCCUACAGCCGACAAAAGUUUUCACCAAUCAAGACGAACCUUGGCUACACCCACAGGCAGAGGCUUGACGCUCAGCAGCUCUAACAUCACCACUGAGGAACCAGGACUGCACUGUUGUGUGGCACGAAACAGACAUGGGUCACAGAUGUACAGUGUGACUGUAACAAGAUCCAGAGGUGGGUGAAUCAAGUGAGAGAAUAUGGGUUGGAUUAAGACUGGGGAUUUUUCAGUGUUGUUGCGUAAUAUUUCUGCAAAAAUGGUCUAUACUUGAUCAAACUCAAACCAAGAGCCAGGUUGUUCUUAAUGUCAGGUUUGUAUUACAGUGCAUGUCUUAUUAAUAAGACAGUUUGACAAACAAUAAUGCUUUUUUUAUCCAUGACAGCUCUCACCCCGUCAGAGUCUUCAGGAGGCAGAUGGAUCCUUAUUGGAGUAACCAUCGGUGUUCUGCUGGCCAUCUUAGCCUUGGUGGCCUUCUUCAUGACCAGGUGAGCUUCUUGCUUUCCUUAAAGCUCUGUUAACUUUUAGAAUUACUUUUUAUUCCUUUCAGUAUUUCAGCAUCAAAGGUCCUCAAAUGUAGUAUAUUUGGAUUAUAUAACCAUUGAAGUAUGAUAAUGUCACUUCUACAAAGUUAUGGUUUCAGAAACCUACACUUAAUAAGAAUCACAAGGGGAUAAUGUGCUCAAAAUCAGGGGCAACUCCAAUCAUAAACUGCAUCAUUUUAAUUAAAAAACUAUGAUUUAUAGAUAUGUUUAUAUUAUGUUUACGUUAGAUGUCUUACCAUGAAUCUUUUGAAAAAGGCUGUUUCAGGUAGCCUGCAGUAGUUACAGGUAAAUGGAUUGUUGAGUUUUCUCCCUGAUGGCCUAAUUUGUCUCUGAACGGGCUGCAUAAAAUUAUCAGUGUUAAUUCAAGUCACUUUCAUUACCAGCUGAAAACUUCUUACAGGAGCUUAAAAAACUUCUUGGACAGAUAUGAAAAAGAUUGUUUCAUAAAAUUCUGUAAAUAGUGUUCAUGGAAGGGUGAAAGUUGUGGCACCUGAUGCAUCAUUUAUACUAAAUUGCAUAACAGAUGGCUCUGAGGAAUUAAAUUUGAACUGAAUUUUUCUUUGGGGAUCAAUAAAGUUCUUCUUAUCUUAUCUAAUCUUUAAAGCUCCAUUUAGGAGUUUUGAAUUAGCUGUGAAGUAGACUUGAAGUAUUACAAACCAAACCAUCAGUUCAAAGACAUAUUUUUCUCUCUUUCUCUUGUCCAUGAGUUUCUUUUUUGUCAAAUAAGCCCUCAGAUCAUUUCUAAAAGACAAGAUCAGCAAAGAGUUGACAGUAACUCUCAUGUCAACAGGGGACGCCUAAAUCAACACAAACCAAAAAUUCCUCACAGGGGCUUUAACUUCAAAUGAAUUAGUAUAAUCAUGUUAGCAAUCAAUUCAUGUCCUCAUGGGCAAAAACAAUACACUUAAUCGUGAUGGCAGCCAAAGAUUAUGUUUUUGGGUCUAGGUUAAAUGCAUUACAAACUUGUACUGCAAUUUCAUAAUGAAUUUGAUCUUUUUUUCCUUUCCAGGAAAAGAAAAACAUCUCGAAACCAGUCAUAUGCACUCACAGCCACAGGUGAGCAGCAGUAUCUUAAGGACUCAGAGAAGGACUAGGACUUGUUCUGUGAUAAAACAUGAGUAUUUUAUUUGCACUUACUUCUCUUUUUUGUCAGUUUCAGCUUACGACUGAAGUAAUUGUACAAAAAAAUCAGUUGACUGUUUAAAGUGGCAGUGGUGCCACUUCAGAGAGCCUGAGGAUGAUAUGUCAAACAUAACUGUACAGCCAAGCAGCAGGGACACAAAGCUGAAACCCAGAAGUGAGGGAUUUUAAUGCAAUGAUCUCAAAGAGUAUUUUUUUUUAUUUAAGAAGUGAAGAAGUAAGAGAAAUGUCUUUUUUUUUUGCAGUCUGCUUUGUUACAUUUGUCAGAUUUAUUUAUACGUGUCUAUGUUAUGAGAAAAGAUAUAUGUUGUAGUAAGAAGUUCACCAAGAAACAUUGUACAGAACUUAAAGAGAUGGACUGAAAAUCUUUUAUUGGUCUUCAUGUUGUGUUAGAUGUCUAAUAAUAAUAUCUAUUAACAGACAUUAAUCUUAUUUGACAUGCAGAGUUGUUUUCAACACAAAUACUUAAGAGGUUUUAAACAACUGUUUACCAAGUACUGUACUACUGAGGAGGAGAAGCAUGAUGAUGCUGAUGGAAAACAUAAUGAUAAUGAUCCAAUUAAAGACUCUCAGCAGUGGGGAUUGUAUGGUUCUGGGUAAACUGUUCUCAUGAUAAGGUACACACAGAUACAGACCAGAGCCUAAAGAGAUGAGGAGGAGGAGGAAAAACCAGCAGGACAGUGACUCUGACUCCCGGACAUCCUUGAACAGAAUGAACUCAAGCAUAAUCUCUUUAACUCAUCAGUUUAUUUUUAGAUUUUGUUUUUCUUUUGCAUUGAUGAGUUAAACAUUACACACAUUUCACCUUGCAGUUUUUUUUUCACAAAUAACAUUUAAUGACUUUUUUUUGUCAAGUGCUGUUUGUUUUUAAUGGUUGAACAAUUGAUUUUAAUAAAAAUGAUUUAUUUAUGGAGCA